AUGUCUUCGCAUACACGACAUACUUCUACAUCUUCCCUGCCGCAUCGCACGUCUAAUUCAUCGUCGACGCCGUCUGCAAUACCGACAAACCCAACUGUGGCCGAAGUGCCAGAGCCUGACGAGACUGGCUCUAGAAGCCCCGCCGCCGCAAAUACGCCCGCCGCCGCAGCAUCCCAGUCACAACCACGAUCGCGAUCACAAUCGCAGUCACAGUCGGCGCAGACAUUUUCUGCCAGUGCAGAAACGGCAAUCAGGUAUCAACCUCAGGGCCGGUCCCGGCAGGAACAAGAAUCUUCUAUUCACGACGUUGUUCGACGAAUUGUCAAGCCUGGCUCAAUCCUAUUCCAGCACCAACCACCUCCACUAGUAACGCAACAGAGGUCAGAAAGAUUACAGCAGACUGUUCAGCAACCAGUUUCAAAUAUGGACAGGCGGCACCCCAGCUCUUUUCAGCAGCUGGAGAAGUUAGGUGAAGGCACAUAUGCUACAGUCUACAAAGGUCGAAACAGGCAGACUGGUGAGCUAGUAGCCCUCAAGGAAAUACACCUAGACAGUGAAGAAGGCACGCCGUCGACCGCAAUUCGAGAAAUCUCACUUAUGAAGGAGUUGAAACACGAAAACAUAGUCACGCUGCACGAUGUCAUUCACACCGAGAACAAACUGAUGCUGGUCUUUGAAUACAUGGACAAAGACCUGAAAAAAUAUAUGGACGCGCGAGGCGAUCGUGGCUCCUUGGAUUCACCGACGAUCAAGAGAUUUAUGCAAGACCUACUUCGCGGAACCGCCUUCUGCCACGAGAACCGAGUCCUACACCGAGAUCUGAAACCACAAAAUCUGCUGAUCAAUACCAAGGGUCAACUGAAGUUAGCAGAUUUUGGUCUAGCAAGAGCGUUUGGAAUUCCUGUUAAUACUUUUAGCAACGAAGUCGUGACACUCUGGUAUCGAGCUCCUGAUGUGCUGUUGGGCUCGCGCACUUACAACACCAGUAUAGACAUAUGGUCGGCAGGAUGUAUCAUGGCUGAGAUGUAUACUGGUCGACCACUAUUUCCUGGUACGACGAACGAGGACCAAUUGCAGAAGAUCUUCCGACUAAUGGGCACACCAUCUGAGCGAACUUGGCCAGGUAUUUCUCAGCUCCCGGAAUACAAGGGCAACUUCCCAAGUUACGCGACACAAUCGUUGCACAUCCUACUACCUCAAGUCGACAAUCUCGGCCUCGAUCUUAUCAGCAAGCUCCUGCAACUAAGACCAGAGAAUCGAAUCAGUGCUCAAGAAGCUUUGAGACAUCCUUGGUUCAAUGACCUGCCACCAAUGCAAGGUCAAGUGCGAGAUCAGGUAGGACAACAGAUCCAGCAGCAAGCCAAUAUGGGUAUGGGAGGCAUGUCGACGGGUGCUUACGGUACUCAACCUGGCAUGGUACCAGGUGGGAGAUAUUAG